AUGGACUUCUUAAAGGCAUCUGGAGAAGCACUGUUGGAGUCUUUUGUGAAUCCUUACAUCAUCCGACAUCCGAAGGGCCACACGGUCCCGAGACUCGAUGAGAAAAGCAUGGAGACAAUGCUUGAAUUCCUGGAGAAGAUAGAAGCCGAUCUGCCCCGUGAUGAAACCAACACUCAGUUGAAUCCGCCGCCGUCCUUCCCUUCGCCCAUACGCCGGCCGUCGCCGAUUGCCUGCGUCUCGCGACUGGCAUUCGCCACUUCCUCCUCCCUCCGUCUCUUCUCCGCUAAACACUCCUCCGUCCAGAAGCUGCACCUCCAUCCCCUUUCCUCUCAUCUCCUUCAGAUGGCCAUUGGAGAAGCUACACAAUUUGGAAUCAUCGUCGUCCUCGCCUGCAACAGAGAGCAAUUUAGAACAAGAGAUGAGGGAGCUGGAAAAAACCAUGAAGAGAUGAGUGAAUCGGUUGCUAAAAUAAUGGAGACACCUAGAGAUAGUUUGAAACUAAAUGUCUCGCCUUUUGAUGUAUGCUGGUCGUUGUUCAAGGGAAUUGCAUUUGAAGGACGAGAUCCAAGCAUGCAUGAUACUUUUGUAGAAAUUGGUUUGAAGAUUGUAGAAAAAUGCAGAGGAUUGCCAUUGGCUGUGAAGGUGCUUGGGUAUGCUUUAAGGAAUAAAGACGAUGAAUAUAUGUGGAUGGAUGUCUUAGAAAGUGAAAUGUGGGAAUUCGAUGAAGGAAAAGAUGAGAUUUUACCAGCACGUCAAAUAAGCUAUGAUUACAUGAACAUAACAGGCCUAAGAAGAUGCUUUCCAUACCUGUCCUUGUUUCCUAAAGACAUAGUUUUACGGCCAGGAAGAAUAGUCCUAUUAUGGAUGUCACAAGGUUUUCUUCAGCCCGCCUCAAGAAUAGGUCUUCUUCAUCCUCGAGAUGAUGAUUGUCCAAUUUAUGCGGAAACUGAUGAAACCUAUACAAUGCAUGAUGUUUUUCAGAGUCUAGCACAAUUUGUUGUGCGGGAUGAAUGCCUUGGAAUAGAAGAUAACGUAGGACAAGGCCCAUUAUGUAGAGCUAGUAUUUGUGGAUCCCUUGCUGAUCUUUUAAGAAACUCAGGAACCGAUGUCAAAAGCCUACCGGAUUCCAUAUGCAACCUAUACAACUUAGAAACUCUGAAUCUGAACAAAACUUAUGUCAGUGAACUACCAAGGCAGAUUGUAAAUUUGACAAGUCUGCGUCAUCUGCUUCUAUAUGUCAGUUGUGUUUAUCUUCCACAAGGAAUUGGUGAGCUGACCAACUUGCAAACACUAUCCAACUUCCGUAUUGUGACUUUGUUGUCAAGACCUAUAGCUGAAGAAGAUCAUGACGACUGCGAAGAUGAAGAAUAUUAUGGCAAUUCCAAAGAGGGAAAAGGCGAUGAACAUGCUAUCAAAGAAAAGAGGCUGCUUGAGUACCUACGACCACACGCCAAUCUUAAAAUGCUUCAAAUAUACGAUUAUCCGGGUGUAAGUUUUGCUAAAUGGGUAGGCACUUCAUCCUUCUCCAAACCGGUCCAACUAUGGCUGUGUAGAUGCAGGAAAUGCAAUUUCCUUCCACCUCUCGGACAACUGCAUUCUCUUAAAAUUCUCUGCAUACAAGAAAUGGAUGGCAUGCAUAUUGUCGGUCGUGAAUUCUGCUCCUCCCCUAUGGUAAAGGCUUUCCCAUCUUUAGAAAGCUUGGCAUUCGUUCGUAUGCCUAACUGGGAAGUGUGGGAUGAAGUGGAGGUUGGCGACUUUCCUCAUCUCCAACACAUCAAACUCUAUGAAUGCCCCAAACUGACCAAAUUUCCUCAUCAUCUCAUGUCUUCUGUGAAAGAAUUGAGCAUAAAAGGUUGUGAUGGUGUCUCUGGCCUCCUAAAGUUUCAUUAG